AGCUAUAGUUUCAUGUUUACUAACAAAGUUAGGUUGAGAACCGUGCGUUGUUUUUACCUCAAAUCAUCGUUGAAUAACGAAAAACUAUGGCUACGACGUUGGACGAAGAUAAUCGCACUGCUCUAGUAAAGCUAGAGUAUAUUAAAGAAAUAAGGCAGAAAAUGCUUGGUGUGGAGCGUUUACGCUGCCGUUUGGCUGCUGAGGUAGAAGCAGUGCAGGUGGAGGAGGCCAGUCUUGCUGACUAUAAAGCUGAGAUGGAACAACUGCUGCAGGAGAAAAUGGCUCAUGUUGAAGAGUUACGUCAGAUUCAUGCUGACAUCAAUGCGAUGGAAAACAUCAUCAAAAGUGGGGAGGAAAUCAGAUGCAAAGCCUUGGAAAAUGCAAGGCGUCUCUAUGAGGAAUACCAGCCCAUGAAGAAUGAGGCAGUGCGUCUGGUUGCCAUGCAUCUUCCUCGCGCUGUUCAGCCAACUGCUCUCUCUGCUGACGAUGAUCCUGUGCCUCCCAAUUUCUUUGAGAAAUCCGGCAUGGAAUGGUCGCACGACUCUGACGACAUGCAAGGGUCGGGCCUGUCAAUUGGUGGGGGGCACUCGGGCGCCCUCGGGGGACUGUCCUCCUCUCUGGCAGGGCUCCCCACGCUGGGGGGACUUGGCAGCUCCUCCCCCUUCCUCUCGCAUCACCAAGGGGGACUGGCACCCAUGAGGGGACCACAGAAGGUGGAACAGAGACCUCUCCCUCCCCCGCCAGGGCCUCCUGCUCCCUCUUUCAGACAACAGCCGCCCCCCAUGAAGUCAUGCCUGAGCUGCCACCAGCAAAUCCACCGCAACGCCCCCAUCUGCCCGCUCUGUAAGGCCAAGAGCCGCUCACGCAACCCAAAGAAGCCAAAGAAGAAAGACUAAAUGUCGACCGUCUUAUUAUUCUGUCUUUAGACUCAGUCUUCAGGAUUGUUCUUAACCCGUGGCAGUCUUUAGGCUGCUAGAAAUCAGUGACAGUCUUCGAAUUGCUUUAAAAAAGUUGCUGUUUCAAGGCUGCUCUGAACGCGUAGCGGCUUUGUGGUUAGCGUGUGGAGCCACAAAAAAAAAAUUUUUACAUCGACAUAACGAAGUCUUUGAGUCACAAUAGAAAAUCUCAAAAUUCAGAUUUUAUUAGUUACUGACGGGUUUGGAAGUUUGUUUUUGAUUUUAAAAUUGUGAUUUAAAAAGAAACUCGUAUCAUUCUUGGUAACGGAAUUUCGAUAACAGAAUACCAAUUUUGCUGAAGUUUUAAUCUGAUGACUGUAGUGGACAUAUAAUGGUUGUUCAUUUGUUAGUGUCAACAACUGAGUACAUGAGGCAGUAUGCAAUGCUUGCAAUUAACAUCACAUUGCCUCAUUGGUUCCCAUUUCUUCCUUUAAUGAUGACAAGUCUUCUGCAUGACGCUGCUGCCUUGCUCUCUUUUCAGCUCUCUGAUGACUGUGUGUAGGUGUUUUUGCAAGUAAUUGAAAUUAUUUGUCUGGGACCUCCUGAUCAUGACAAGUUACUUACAAGGGAGUUGUUUACAUUUGUGCCGAAUACGAAAGGUUUGGUAUAGAAUUUUUUCUCGAAAUUCGUGCCAAACUUAAUAUUAGUAUUCGUAUUAAUUUCUCAUGACUUGUGCCAAACAUUCCUGGAUGCAUCUCAUUUAAUUUUUAAGUAUUUUAUUUGCGUAAUUGAAGAAAAAUAGCUUGAGCACGCGUUGUGGAGCUGGAAAAGUCGACUUUAUUUUAUAUAUAAGGCCAAUUAAUUGAUUGCUCCAACCUAACGCGAUUCUCUCUCAAUACUUGAUGUAUAGAUCAAUUGAUGAAAUCAAUGAUUCAAUCAAUUGAAAUCAAUGAAUACUUGAUGUUUAAAUCAAUUCUCUCAAGAUGUAUAAAUUAGAACUUUGAUAAUUAUGGUUUUAAUUCUAUAGAGAAAAAGAAAACCUGGAAGAUUUCCCUGGCUCUUAUCUGAUCAAAAAUAGCAUUACUAAUUGGUUUAGAAUAUCAAGCCAAGCAAGCAUCAUAUAACAUUGACAGACGUCGCAGUGGUGAGCGUCUUUAACCAUAACACGUUCGCUGGUCUUAUUUUUACACCACCAUUCCUCUACAUUUCCCUCGUAUGUAUAAAGGAAAACCUCGCCAAAAUCCCUCCUAAUGCGCCUGAUCAUGAAUGUUGGUUGUUGUUGUCCCAAGUGGUGGCACAAGCGUACGACUUAGUGGAAUAAUUGUCAUGGUUUAAAAUUUCACCACAGCCCACACUCCAAACAGGAGAUAAUUGAAAACAUCAGUAUCAGUAAUACUAAUGGCGUAACUAGAGGUAUCGUCUCUACUGAAGCACAGAUUUCCCUGGCUACCUCAGCCACUUGUAUCUUCUUGGCGCUGUGAUCCCGACUUAUUUGUGUGAGUGUUUUGUUUGGCUUGUCUCGUAUCUUCUGUGUUGUUUAGUGAGUAGCAAUAAUAGUCCCUUCAGUUCUUAAUGCUUCUCUUCAUACCGCUUCAUCGGUUAUCCAUUCGAGCACGUAACAGCGGAGAUCGCAGAAACUUCCUUCGCUGCAUGUCCAAACUGCAGAGUAUUUUUUUACUUUCAUCUUCCCUGUUUCAUGUGGCAGCUCUGGUGGUGACUUUUGAACAAACAAUGGAAAAAUGUCAGUGUGCCUCAAAAUGCUUCACGCGUCGUGGCGGUCACUAAGUUCGUUUAGUCUACGUUCUAAAGAUUCUUCCUUCACUUUCAUUUUUUGUUACUCUCAAAUUAUGUAAUCUGCUCUAUCAGUGUUUGUGUCGUUAACUACAUCUUAUUUAUAAUGGUAUUCCUACCUGAUGAGCAAAUUAAUCUGGUAUCUGAGUACUGAGGUCUUGAUGUUAUUUCUGGUCCCUCAGUGACAGAAUGACGAUGAAGUCGUGUCUCGAUGGGUGCUUAUUUACAUGAAGAUUCUUAGCCAGAUUAAAAUGUGCUCAACAUUUGAUAUCUCAAAAAUAUUGUCGCGAAGUUUUUACGUUUGUUUUAUAUUCGCCUAGAAUCUCAUCUAGUCUUAAGAGUUGAUGUCGUGCGGUGUUGUGUGCGUGUUUUUGAUAAGGGCUUGAUAGUUGUUUCCGUUUGGUUCAUAGCGUGGCUUACACAACUAAGAUUCCUUAGCGCUUUGCUGCAAUGAUUCCUUGGCGCUUGGUUUCACAAUUCUGAAAAAUUAUCUAAUUCUGAUUACCUAGUCGAAAUUUUUUUUACACACUUAGCACUCAAGUUUAAGUAUUUGACAGGUCACAAUGUAUGAAAUCUAUAGAGGGGUUUUGAUAGAUCAUUAUUCUUUUACAUACUGACCAUUGUGUGCUUUGGUGCAGACAUUGAAUGGAAGUCUUAUGGUCUCAUUCAGGUCAUGAAAAAAUUAUUCCUUCAAGGAUUUUCCAUGAGGCUAGCUACGGUUGGAAUCAUAAUUGAAUCAAUUAAUUUUGUUUUGAAAAUGUAUCACUGUGCACCACUUCUCAUGUACAAUCGCUGUCCGCUGUAUUAUAGUAGUCGCUCUUGCCUGUGAUUUCUGAGUAAAUCUUUCGUUAA